CAGGAUAGAGAGACGAAGAAAUAACUUAGUGUUUAAACACAGGUGUGUCCUGGGUCGAGCUUUUUUCACACUCACUUUUAACUCAUUAUAUUCAGAGGAAAUAAGUUGAUUGUGCAGUCUGAAAAAUGCACUCCUUGCUACAUUUAUUUCAGAUAGCUGCAGUGUCAACAUGCCUGAAGGAUUUUUUCCAACCAUCUCUGUUCAUGCCGAAGUGCAUAAACAGAUGUUUGGAAAGCCGAGGAUUGUCAUACCACCUCUUGAAGAAACUGAAAAAUGGGGGUUACUGAACAAAGCCAGUCUCUCAUCCUCUAAAGUUUCAGGCAGGAUGGGUUUCGAUUCCUGCAUCGGAGCCCCUGUUGCAUCCGGCUUUAUAUCGAACCAAAGACCCGUCCUAUCUUAUAAGCCCAGUUUGGACCUUGUUGACAACCCUCAGUUUGGAGUGUCAUUAGCCGACAAUUUCGUAACUCAAAAUAUGAUGUACUACCAGCGACCCACUUUCUCUGAUGGCUCCAAGCCUUUGCCAGGCCUCCUUGACAUACCCAUGACUAGUGGCUUCCAUCAAGUGAGCGCUGUUUUCCACACAGAGCCAGUUCUGGAUAAGACAGAGUACCAAAGAGUGUAUGUGCCCCGUCGCUUACCACCAGUUUCUCGCCACAUGAAUAUGGGUCCAAAAUUGGAGACUGGAUGCACUGAAGGAGAAGAUUUACAGUUCAUCACUUUUCGGGACAAAAAAUUUGCCACCGUGGAUCCGCGUCUGACCCGCAGCACAGUGAUGAUGAGCGACUAUCUGUCUCCAACUUUUCCGCAGGGAAAUGAACGCUUGCCACGUAUAUGCGGCUGUUCCUGCAGAGAAUCAGGGUAUACGCAUGGUGCCCAGCCCGUCUUAGUCGACCCACGCCUUCAUCUGCCACCAGUGAAACUGAAAAGUUAUAUACCACUUGUGAAGGCUACUGGAAACAAGGAGCCCUCAGGAUUUUGCUUAAAUAUGCCAAAUGAAAUUUUCUCAAAGGAACCAUUUGAUCUGUCACACUUCACUACACAUUAUAAUGACAACUUCCGUUAUGGCCAUCAGAAGGACAGGGACACUUUUCAUACUUCAUCAAUUGUCAACGCAAGCCAAACAAAGGACAAUGGCUACAACAAACGAAACACAGACAGGUUCAUAUUGAAGCAUUAGAUGUUUUCACUAUUUUAAACUAUUCUGCAUUUCUUCUCAUCUGUAAAAUAAAAUUCAUUAUUCAAGC